CAUCCAGUGGAGCCUGGAUAAAGCACGUGACAAUGCAUUACGCUAUACCUGGCGAUUUUCACAAGUGACAGUUUUGCUUACUUUUUAGUGUUUCGUUUUGAGUGCAAACGCGAUAAAAAUGGGAAGAAAAGUAACAUUGAGUGCUUGCUCCCUAAAUCAAUGGUCUUUAGAUUUUGACGGGAAUUGUGCAAGAAUAUUGAAAAGCAUUGAGAUCGCGAAGUCAGAAGGGGCGAAGUAUAGACUGGGCCCGGAACUGGAAAUAUGUGGCUACGGAUGUGCAGAUCACUUCCUGGAGUCGGACACACUCCUCCACAGCUUCCAGGUCCUGAAGGAUCUGCUGGAGUCGACUGUCACUCAGGACAUAAUCUGCGAUGUUGGCAUGCCAGUCAUGCACCGCAACGUCCGCUACAACUGCAGAGUCAUUUUCCUCAACAGGAAAAUACUGUUGAUUCGCCCCAAAAUGGCUAUGGCAAACAACGGAAACUACAGAGAGUUUCGAUGGUUUUCCCCCUGGAGUAAGCCAAGGCAUGUGGAGGAAUACUUUCUGCCAAGAAUGUUACAAGACGUGACGGAACAGGAAUCGGUACCAUUUGGGGAUGGGGUCCUUGCCACCAAAGAUACCUGCAUCGGCAGUGAGAUUUGUGCUGAGCUGUGGAACCCGUGGAGUCCUCAUGUGAAUAUGGGACUGGAUGGUGUGGAGAUCUUCACCAACUCCUCUGCCAGCCACCACCAGCUCCGCAAGGCUGACCAGCGGGUUAACCUGGUUAAAUCUGCCACUGGCAAGAGCGGGGGCAUCUACAUGCUGGCCAAUCAGAAGGGCUGCGACGGAGACCGCCUCUACUAUGACGGCUGUGCCAUGAUCGCCGUUAACGGCGACGUCGUUGCCCAGGGAGCGCAGUUCUCCCUGGACGAUGUGGAUGUGGUCACAGCCACACUGGACCUGGAAGACGUGCGCAGUUACAGGGGGCUGUACUGCCACCCACACGUGGAGCACGAAUGCAAGCCCGUUCACAGAUUGAAAGUGAACUUUUCACUGUCGGAUGCCCGGGAUAUCUACCUCCCGUCCCACGAGCCAAUCGAAUGGCACUUUCACACUGCUGAGGAGGAGAUCAGCCUUGGUCCAGCGUGCUGGCUGUGGGACUACCUGAGAAGAAGUGGCCAGGCUGGCUUCCUGCUUCCUCUGAGUGGAGGUGUGGACAGUUCCUCCACUGCCUGCAUUGUGUACUCCAUGUGUCAUCUCAUCUGUGAGGCUGUGAAAAAUGGCAAUACCCGGGUGCUGUCAGACGUGCAGCAGGUGGUGACGGACGUCACCUACGUGCCCACGGACCCGCGGGAGCUGUGCGGCCGGCUCUUCACCACCUGCUACAUGGCCAGCGACAACUCCUCCCAGGAGACCCGCGCCCGCGCUCAGGAGCUGGCCUCCCAGAUCGGCAGCAUUCACAUCAACCUAAACAUUGACAUGGCUGUCAAGGGAAUUCUGGGAAUCUUUUCCGUGGUGACGGGGAAGUGGCCUCAGUUCCGUGUCAAUGGGGGAAGCACCAGAGAGAACCUUGCUUUACAGAAUGUGCAGGCUCGGAUCAGGAUGGUUCUGGCAUAUCUGUUUGCCCAGCUCAGCUUAUGGGCCAGGGGGAAGCCAGGAGGCCUGCUGGUUUUGGGAUCAGCCAAUGUAGAUGAGAGCCUGACAGGAUACUUCACCAAAUAUGACUGCUCCAGUGCCGAUAUCAACCCUAUCGGUGGGAUCAGCAAGACUGACCUAAAGAGCUUCCUGCUGUACUGUGUGGACAGGUUCCAGCUCACUGCACUGAGAAGUGUCAUGGCUGCCCCGCCUACAGCUGAACUGGAGCCACUGGACAAUGGGCAGGUGUCCCAGACUGAUGAGGCUGAUAUGGGGAUGACUUACUCGGAGCUGUCUGUGAUUGGUCGGCUGCGGAAGAUCUCCAUGUGUGGACCAUACAGCAUGUUCUGCAAACUCAUACACACGUGGAGGGAUGCCAUGUCCCCCUCAGAGGUUGCGGCUAAAGUGAAGCGUUUCUUCCGGAUGUACUCGGUGAACAGACACAAGAUGACAACAGUGACCCCUGCCUACCACGCCGAGAACUACAGCCCAGAUGACAACCGCUUUGAUCUUCGGCCCUUCCUGUACAACACACGCUGGUCAAUGCAGUUCAGGUGCAUCGAUAGCCAGGUUUCCGAAGUGGAAGCUGAAAAGGGCUCCAGCACCUGAUCCAGCAGCUAUCCUACCAAAGUCUCCUGACCUGCGAAAAGCAGCUCUGAAGAUAUACCUCGGAUAUAAUGCUGAUUCUUCUCUGGACUUGUGGCCUUCUUCAGGGCCGGCUGGUCAUGGCUAUUGUUUAACUGGUAUCUACUGCCUCUGACUGCAGUCAGCUGAUCUAGAGUAAAUACUCGCUAGGUGAAAUUUUGAUUGGGAAACUGCACUUUCAAAAGAUAACCCAGACAGCAGGCCGACCUGGAGCACAGUGGUGAUGUCGACACGCCCUCAGCUGACACAUUCAAAUGGGCCCCUCUGUUGCAUCGACAGCACGUGACCUCCCUGUUCUACCGGGCUGCAGAUCUCGGAUAGCCUGUUUAUCGCACUGUUGUAGGAGAACACUGUGGAGAUCAUGGGCUGUCCGUCAAACUGGAAAAACCGAACCUGUUUAUGGUUUCCAACUGCUGAAUAAAUCCCCCCCCCCAUUUUUUUUUCGCAUGACUGAUGUAUGAAGUAGACUAGUACCCCCGCGCAUUGUCAUUUAUGUUUGCUUUGAAAUUUAGCGUCACCAAAAUGUAGCCUUGUAUCUAAUAAAACAUCAGUUAUAGCAAACAGGCAUACGUUGUUUACAUAUCUCUGUGUCUGUGAGCAAAGAGAUACUGUCCCAAACUCGAAUAGCUUCCCGACACUUAAAAAUAUAUCAGCGCUUCACUGACUAUAUGUAACAUUCUCCCGUAGAUUGCUACUUGCGAUAUAAUGAUAACUUGGGUUACAGCAAGCAUUUAUAUUGUUAUGUAAAUAGAUCAGUCUGUACCCAAUUAUGCUUGAAGAACUGUAGGCAAAGCAGUUUAACCGAACGCGCGGUGUGGGAGGUUUGCGUGGCCGGCAUCAUGUGUGAAAUAGUUUACGAAGUGUGUAUGGCUGUAUGCUCCAUGUGUGAAAUACCCUCAUUUAUUGCACAGAAGGUUGUGCCGUCUGAAAACAAUUCAGCACAAACAUGAAACUAUCAAGUGUCAUUUAGGCUACGUCAUUAGUGUUCCUUCAUGUGCAAAUAGAACACAGAUAUUGGCGCGCUGAGAUGGUCCUUCGCAACCCCCAAGAUUAAUUAUUUCUACCUACAGUACACUAUUUAUUGAAAUAAAAUUUGUCAAAAUUA